AUGAAGCGCAAGCGUUCAGAUUCCGGUCUAGAAGAGGACCACCCGGCCGCCUCGACCCCGAAGAGGCCGCGACGAACCGCCCUGGUGCCGGCCAGUGGCGCCCUGAACGGCGCGCCCAACGGUGACGCCCCCUACGAACUCCCGCCAUCGCAAGGACAGUCGACACCCAAGAAGGCCAAUGGGAUAGCGGCGACGCCAUUAAAAGAAUCUGGCCUGAAGACGCCUACCCACAAAUCCAAGGCCCGGGGACUGUUUGCUACGCCUACAAAACCAAAGUCUGCCAACGCCGCUCCGACGCCCUCUCGCAUUAGGAACGCAGACCGGUCUGCAAAGAAGAAGAGCGCACGGGUCCUUUUUGAGCCUGAUGAGGACGGAGAAUGGGAUGGUUCUGAGCGGCUGGCGGAGGAGAUUCUUCAGGACGACGACGACGAUGAGCCAGAGGCAGAUCAGGCCGUGGAGAGCGUGGAAACCGGAGAAGAUACGGCAGAACAACCCCCCCAAAAGGAGAAGAAGGGCCCGAAGCGUCGCGCUGGACGACCCAAAGGCGCAAAGAAUAAGCGGUCCCCAACGCCCGAGGGCGAGCUGCCAGCCCAUGAGCGGUACUUCUUCCAGAACCGUGCUGGCCCCGUGAAGACGUCCAACACGACACUCAACAAAGUACCGCUGUUGACACACGAGGAGUAUUUUGAGAAACUGAGACAGUACCGCGACCCUUGCAGGGAUGAAAAGGACUAUCUACGUGCGCUGCAUCACCGGUCCUUCCCGCAAUGGGCCUUCGAGUUCGAGGAAGGAUUUAACAUCUGCUUGUUUGGAUAUGGGUCGAAGGGGAAACUUGUGCAGCAGUUCGCCGACUGGAUUUAUCAACGUGGCGCCAAGUCUUCUCCGGCUAUCGUCAUUGUCAAUGGCUACACACCCGGCAUAUCGAUCCGGUCGAUAUUUGCAACCAUCGCCUCCGCCGUGAUGGGUGAUGACCUGCCUUCCAAGCUCGGUGCCCAACCAACCGAGGUGCUGGAGCUGCUCCAAUCGGCGCUAAAGUCUCGUCCGGCAGAAGACCCGGUGACCGUGCUGGUCAACUCGGUCGACGCACCACCGCUACGACGCGCAACGAACCAAGCCCUCCUCGGGCGUCUGGCUGCCACCCCGGGCAUCCGCAUUCUCGUGACGGCCGAUACGCCCAAUUUCCCGCUCAUGUGGGACAUCAGCCUGCGCGACCAAUUCAACCUCGUCUUCCACGACUGCACAACCUUUGCCCCCUUCACCACAGAAACAGACAUCGUCGAAGAAGUCCAUGCCCUGCUAGGCCGAAAGGGCCGGCGCGUCGGCGGCAAAGAGGGCGUUGGCUUCGUGCUGAAGAGUCUUCCGGAGAACGCGCGGAACUUAUACCGCCUCCUGCUAACCGAGUUGCUCUCGGUGAUUAACGAAGAUGGGCACCAAUCGGACGACGAGUCUCCCGCUGAUGCUGUAGCCAUCAAACAACACGAUGAGACAGGCAUCGAGUUCCGCAUGCUAUACCAGAAAGCGACGGAGGAGUUUAUCGCCUCGUCCGAGAUGAUGUUCCGGACAUUGUUGAAGGAGUUCCACGAUCACCAGAUGAUCACUUCGCGCAUGGAUGCGAGCGGUAUGGAGAUCCUGGGCGUGCCACUGUCCCGCGAUGAGAUGGAGGGCGUGCUGGAGGACCUGGUUCUGGCCUAG